GCGGCUAAUUAGCCCUUCCCUUCGUGCCUGUGUAAUGAAGCACAUGCGCACUGAAUUAAUCACAGCCAUUUUUUGCAGGAAACUAAUUAGCAGGAAUAAAGAUCCAAAGAGUUUUUUCUUUUCAAUCAUCAGAUCUCACUUUCACCUCUUCCUCGCUCCCUCUAACACAAGACUCAUCGCCUGCUUUGCAUCCAAAUUAUUUUUAUAUUGCCUUUAACAACUAAUAGUAGGCUACCUACUUCGGUUUUUUACACUCCGCAACAACAAUGAUCUUUCUUUUGCCACCCUAAGCGCAAACUGACCAAAAGGGGACUGCCUUGAUGGGAUCUUUAGCUAAAUCAUCUCAAUACUGGAUUAAAAAGCGAGGAUCACAAAGCGGCAGCGAGAAAUUGCCUGGAUGCGAUGAACGCCUCAUGUAGGCAUCAGCAUGGACAGCUGUGAGUCUCCUGUGGUUUCUGGGACAGACGAUGGGCUCGGCUCCUCCCAGCAGCAGCAACCACCACAGCCCUGGAACGAUCACUCUAGCUCACAGGUCCCUUGCACCAACCAGGCCCCUUCCCUGGACCCCUUGUCCCUCUCUGCUCCGUACCCCUCUCAACCCAAAAACUCCAGUGCAUCUCAUGACGGAGUGAGAGAACCACUGUCCCAGCAGCAGCAGCCAAAACAGAUAUCACCCGAGGCCCACCGUGAUAGCUCUGCCACAGGCCAGCUGCAUCCCAUAAGAGAGGGUCUUGAAGAAGAAGAGCAAGAGGGAAUAAGCUGUGGAGAAGAGGAAGAAUCUGAGGACUUAGAUGAAAUGGAGAUUGACAGCUGUUUCCCAAGUCUUCAACCCUUUCCUGGGGUGCCAAUGGCUCCUGGGGGAGGGGGCAUGCCCACUCUUUUGCGACAUCAGCCCACACGACAGCAGGGAGCACCUGAGAGUGGGAGUGACGAAGGAGAGGAGGAAGAAGAAGAGGAAAGUAGUGAUGUGGAGAACCUUGCUGGUGAGAUAGUGUACCAGCCAGAUGGCUCCGCCUACAUCGUAGAGAGCAUCAGUCAGUUGAUCCAAAGUGGUGGGGGCAUGGGCAGCCUGCUUCCCACAAACUCUCUCACCAGUGUGGGAACACCGGGGGAUCCUGCUGGGACUUCAUCCUCGGUCUACCCUCACAUCAUCAACACGUUCCACAUAGCCUCGUCCUUCAGGAAGUGGUUUGGCAAUUCAGACCAAGGUUUCCCCAAUACCUCAACCAUGGCAGGCCUCAGCCCUGUCCUGCACAGUUACCGUGUCUUUGAUGUGCGGCACAAAAGCAACAAGGAUUACCUGAACAGCGAUGGGUCUGCCAAGAAGUCCUGUGUAUCCAAAGAUGUUCCCAACAACGUGGAUUUCUCCAAAUUUGAUGGGCUAGCCCUAUAUGGCAAGGGUAAGCCCAUUCUCAUGUGUUUUCUCUGCAAGCUGUCCUUUGGCUAUGCCCGUUCCUUUGCCACUCAUGCCGUCCAUGAUCACCGCAUGACACUGUGUGAGGACGAACGGCAGCUGCUAGGGGACAAGCAAGCAUCUGCCAUCAUCCAGGGCAUUGGGAAGGACAAAGAGCCCCUCAUCAGUUUCCUGGAACCAAAAACAAAGAGCACUUCUCUGCCACCUAACCUGCUCCCUAAUAACUCUGGCCAGAGCUUCUAUGGCACUUUUAGUGGUGUCCAUUUGGAGCCUGGAAGCAGCAGCAGAGGCAGCGAGAGCCUCCUCAACAAAGACUCUGACUCUGGUCUCAACCACCAACAGCAGCAGCAACAAAACCCACUAAGCUCAGUCCUCUCUCUUGGAGGGCUGAGCAUUCCCAAAGCAUCAACUCUUACCUCGUCCUCAGGCUCUGCCAAAGACUCCAGUGCCCUGCUCAAACAGGGAGGGAGAACAGAGGAGCCUGCUGGGAAAGAGUUGGCAUGCAAGGGAGAGGAUGGGGACACCAAGGGAAAUGAAAACAAGGCACACUUAUCGAGCCAGAUUGGGUGCUCGGAAGAAGAAGAACUGUUAUUAGGGGAGGAGGAAGAUGAGUUGGAGGCAGAAAGCACUGCAGUGGCCUGUGGUGGUAACAGUAGCAGCGGCAAGGGUGAAGCGGGGGAACAAGCUGUCUCAAACCAAAGCAUUUCCAAAUCUCCUUUAUUAAUGCCUAGUAGCGCUCUCCAGCCUUCUGCCUGCACCUCUGCGGUCAGUUCCACACUAAACAGCAAAGACCCUGCUUCCACUUCCUCCUCUGUCAGGAAAGAGGGUUCAAUGGCAGACGGUGGAGGGAGGACCUCUGAGCUCCCUCUGAGCUUUAACUGUCAGGGACCCACUGUUCCCAUGACAAUGUCGGCAGCUGCUGUCAGAAGGAGCGAGGACGACACUGCUGGCACUUCCUCCUCACCUCUGUCCUCCAAUGCUGCUGCUGAUGAAAGUGCCAAUCGUGAUAGUGCCAUAGCUCCAGAACCAAAUGAUUGCUCAGCAGAGGGAGAGGAAGAAAAUGGAGCCCUUCUGCACCAUCACCACAUGCUCCAUCAUCAUCAUCACCUCCACCCAUCAUCUCAAGGCCUCGCGCACCUCUUCCCAGGAGGCUCCUGUGACAUAACAGGGAUGGGCGAGUGUUCCCAGAACCAUGGGCCUGGUGGCAGUGGCAGUGGGGUAGAAUGCCCUAAAUGUGACACCGUUCUGGGUUCUUCACGCUCCUUGGGUGGACACAUGACCAUGAUGCAUUCACGCAACUCAUGCAAGACACUGAAGUGUCCGAAAUGCAACUGGCAUUACAAAUACCAGCAGACAUUGGAGGCACACAUGAAAGAGAAACACCCAGACUCUGGAGGAACCUGUUCGUACUGCACAAGUGGUCAGAGCCACCCUCGUCUGGCUCGUGGAGAAAGCUAUACCUGUGGAUACAAGCCCUUCCGGUGUGAGGUGUGUAACUACUCGACCACCACAAAGGGCAACCUAAGCAUCCACAUGCAGUCGGACAAGCACCUGAACAACAUGCAGACACUAGCGAAUGGAGGCACCAUUGGAACUGGACAGGAGCAGGUAUUUGGACAUACCCCAGGAGGAGUGGUUGCAGUCCCCUCAGUGACCCAGUCCAGUAGCCAUCACCCUCCACACCACCAUCCAACACAGUCCUCCACGCAUAUGGCUGGACCGUGUGGGGCCCCCUCCCCGACCAAGCCGAAGAGCAAACCCACUUGGCGGUGUGAGGUAUGUGACUACGAGACCAAUGUGGCACGGAACCUGCGUAUCCACAUGACCAGCGAGAAGCACAUGCACAACAUGAUGCUACUCCAGCAGAAUGUUACUCAAAUGCAGCAUGGACGACUUGGCUUGGGAGCAAUGCCUUCACCAUCUGAAGCUGAGCUCUACCAAUAUUACCUGGCCCAGAACAUGAGCCUUCCACCAGGCCUCAAGAUAGACCCAGCUGGAGCUGAGGCCCAGUUCCUGAUGGGGAGCUUUCACCUUGAUCCCAACAUGGCUGCCCUGGCCCCUGCACUUGUAGGUGGGGAGAUCCCUAUGGAUGUGCGGCUGGGCAGUGGGCAGUUGGUGUCCGAAGAACUGAUGACCCUGGGAGAAAGUCUAUCACAAACCAGCGACCCCUCCCUCAAGCUCUUUCAGUGCGCUGUAUGCAACCGCUUCACCACUGACAACCUGGAUGUGCUUGGCAUGCAUAUGGGAGCUGAACGCAGCCUACCGGAGGAAGAAUGGCGUGCUGUGGUGGGCGACUCUCACCAGUGCAAGUUGUGCCACUAUACCACUCAGCUCAAGGCCAACUUCCAGCUGCACUGCAAGACAGACAAGCAUGUGCAAAAGUACCAGCUUGUGGCCCACAUCAAAGAAGGGGGCAAAGGCAACGAAUGGCGUCUGAAAUGUGUGGCCAUAGGCAACCCAGUGCACCUGAAGUGUAACGCCUGCGACUACUACACUAACAGCCUGGAGAAGCUGAGGAUGCACACUGUCAACACCCGGCAUGAGGCUAGCCUCAAACUCUACAAGCACCUGCAGCAGCACGAAAACGCGGUGGAGGGUGAAGCCUGCUACUACCAUUGUGUGCUGUGUAGCUACUCGACCAAGGCCAAGCUCAACCUGAUCCAGCAUGUGCGCUCCAUGAAGCACCAGCGCAGUGAGAGCCUCAGGAAGCUGCAGCGUUUGCAGAAGGGUCUGCCGGAGGAGGAGGAGGACCUCACUUCCAUCUUCACCAUACGCAAAUGCUCUUCUUCGGAUACAGCAGUGUCUGGCCACUCGGAACGGCACCAGUCAGAUUCCCCGAUCCCCUCCAAAAGGCCCUCUUCUCGGUCGGAGACCUCGGAGAGCCCUCUCUCCUCAAAGCGUCCCAGGACAGCUGAGAAGAGCGCUGCGGAGCAGAUGUACCAGUGCCCCUACUGCAAGUUCACCAACACGGACUUGAAUCGUCUCAGAAUGCACGUGAUGACGCAGCACUCUGUCCAGCCAAUGUUACGUUGCCCACUAUGCCAGGACAUGCUCAACAACAAGGUCCACCUGCAGUUCCACCUGACACACCUCCACAGUGUGGCCCCUGACUGUGUGGAGAAGCUUGUUGCCUCAGUAUCAGCAUCUGAAGUACUGCCAGCCAGCAUGUUCAUACCGGUACCGAGUCCAGACAGAGAGUCCCAAAGCACCCCUCAUGCCACAGCCAACUCUAACUCUGAAGAUAUAAAGAAGCCUGCUGAUGCAUCAGAUGCUGAUCCAGAGAAGGGAAUGUCACUCCCUACAGAAACAGCUGAAUCUCAAAAGUCACCGCUGGAAGAUCAACAGUCAGAGAGGGAUGAUGCCACAGGAUUUCUGUGCUGGAAGAAAGGCUGUAAUCAAGUGUUUAAGUCCUCCAACUCCCUCCAGAUGCACUUCAAUGAGGUUCACAACAAAAGGCCCCAGUUGCCUGUUUCAGAUCGCCAUGUCUACAAGUACCGCUGUAACCAAUGCAGCCUGGCCUUCAAGACUGUGGAGAAACUACAGCUCCAUUCACAGUACCAUGUGAUCAGGGCAGCCACCAUGUGCUGUCUCUGCCAGCGAAGCUUCAGAACACUUCAGGCCUUGAAGAAACAUCUAGAAACUAGCCACCUGGAGCUGACUGAAGCUGAUAUCCAGCAGCUUUAUGGGGGCUUAUUGAUGAAUGGUGACAUUAUGGUAAUGGGUGACCCAUCCCUUGGUGAGGAGCAUGGAAGUCUUGGAGAAGAUGAGAAAGAGGGAGAUGAAAGUGACCAAGAAGAUAAACAAAGCCCAACAGGCAGUGACUCUGGUUCACUGCAGGAAGAUUCUGGAUCUGAACCUAAACGUGCUUUGCCAUUCAGAAAGGGCCCCAACUUCACCAUGGAGAAGUUUUUGGAUCCAUCUCGUCCUUUCAAGUGCACUGUAUGCAAAGAGUCUUUUACACAGAAGAACAUUCUUUUAGUUCACUAUAACUCUGUCUCCCACCUGCACAAGGUGAAACGGGCUCUUCAGGAGUCCACUACUGGACAGCCGGAGCCCACCAGCAGCCCUGACAACAAGCCAUUCAAGUGCAGCACCUGUAAUGUGGCAUAUAGCCAGAGUUCUACUCUGGAGAUCCACAUGCGCUCUGUUCUACACCAGACCAAAGCUAGGGCAGCCAAACUUGAAGCAGCAGGGGGGAUUCCUAGCUCUGCAAGUGCUACUUGUUUAAGCGGCGGUGGGUCCAGCAUCAGCACUUCAACAUCUAGUCCAAGCCCAGCUAGUAACUCAACUACUAGCUCUACCAACCACAAUUAUUCUGGGUCUCAAACAGCUCAGAGUAUUCUUGGAGGAAACAAUAUGAUCCAGGGUCAUAUCAAUGAGAGCAUGGGGAAUUCUUCAUUGAGCUGCCAUUCCUUACCAUCGGAGAACCAUGAAGUAAAAAAGUCAAGUCAAAAGUGUUCUGACAUGCUGUCUGCUAGGGGGCAACAACAGCAUCAGCAGCAGCAGCAACAGCAGCAGCAGCAACAUCAGCAGCAGCAACAGCAGCAGCAACAGCAGCAGCAACAGCAGCAGCAGCAGCAACACCACCAACAACAACAACAACAACAGCAACAGCUUCAGCAACAACAGCAAUUGGCUCAGGCUCAAGCCCAAGCUCAAGCCCAGCUUCAACAAGAGCUCCAGCAGCAGGCUGCUCUUUUACAGUCACAGCUAUUCAACCCAGCACUUCUGCAGCACUUCCCAAUGACAGCUGAUGCACUUCCCCUCCUGCAACAGCAGCAGUUGCUAUUCCCUUUCUACAUCCCUGGCGCAGAAUUUCAGCUGAACCCAGAGAUCAACCUCAGUAACGCAGCGCUUGGUCUAGCAGGUUCCUCCACCUCCUCCUUGCUUGAAGAUCUAAAAAACUCUGCCCAGCAGGCCCAGCAAAGUUGCUUGCAGCAGCAAUUGAUGCACCACCACAUGCAGCAGCAACAUCAACAACAUCAGCAGCAGCAACAACAACAGCAGCAGGCUCAGGGGCAGAUGGCUUUGUUGCAACAGAGUGCAGCUCUGCUCCAGCAGGCUGAAAAAAAGCAGAGACUUUCCAACUUACAGAAUGAGAGAGACAGAGAAAGAGAAAGGGCCAUAAAUGAAAAAAAUGAAGAAUAUGCUAACAGAGAUUCUACAGACAGUAAGUCAAGAGAAAAGAAAGACAUGCAGCAUAUUGCUAUAAACAUAAACCAUGAUACUGGCUUGCCUCCACCAAGGAUUGCUUCAGAUGCUCGAGGAAAUGCUACCAAAGCUCUGCUGGAAAACUUUGGUUUUGAGUUAGUUAUUCAGUACAAUGAAAAUAAACAGAAAGUUCAGAAAAAGACAGCUGUACCUGCAGGAUCAAGUGGUCCAGGUGGGAUAACAAGAGUGGUGGACCCCAUUGAGGGAUUGGAGAAACUGGAAUGUGAAGCCUGUGGCAAGCUGUUUUCAAACAUACUGAUUCUAAAGAGUCACCAGGAGCAUAUCCACCAGGCUUUCUUUCCAUUUCGAUCCCUUGAGAGAUUUGCAAAGGAAUACAGAGAACAAUAUGAUAAACUCUAUCCACUGAGACCCCCUACACCAGAGGCUGCUCCUGCUCCUCCGCAGCCUCCUCCUCCACCUCCUCCACCCCAAAGAGCUCCAACACCAAAUAUUCCUGUCUCUGCUGCCUCACAUACACCUCCAACUGUAUGUACCCCACAGCCGCAAGGUCAAAUGGCACAAAUUCCCAUGCCAAUGGAUUUGCCCCUCUUCUCACCUCUUAUGAUGCAGUCCAUGUCUCUCCAGUCCAUGCCACAGCUACAAUCUGUUGAGUCAAGCCUGGCCUCAGAGCUGGCCAUGCUCUAUCAACAGCAGCUUACACCAGCCAUGCUACAGCAGCAGCAGCAGAACAAGAGGCCGCGGACACGCAUCACAGAUGACCAACUUAGGGUCCUGCGACAAUACUUUGAUAUCAACAAUUCUCCAAACGAGGAUCAGAUUAAAGAGAUGGCAGACAAGUCAGGGCUUCCACAAAAAGUCAUAAAGCACUGGUUCAGAAACACCCUUUUUAAAGAACGACAGCGCAACAAAGACUCGCCAUACAAUUUCAAUAAUCCACCAACGACAACAUUAGAAGAAACAAAAAUUGACUCUAAACCUCCUUCCCCUGAACCUUUGAAACAAGAAUUUUAUGGAAGCAAGAGAUCCUCCAGGACUAGGUUUACUGACUACCAGCUAAGAGUGCUACAAGACUUCUUUGAUGCCAAUGCGUAUCCCAAAGAUGAUGAAUUUGAACAACUCUCCAACCUUCUGGGUCUCCCCACUCGUGUGAUUGUUGUGUGGUUCCAAAAUGCUCGCCAGAAGGCAAGGAAAAAUUAUGAAAACCAGGGUGAGGGGGCAAAAGAGGGAGAAAGAAGAGAAUUGUCCAAUGAUCGUUAUGUACGCACGACAAAUCUGAACUACCAGUGCAAGAAAUGCAGUCUGGUUUUCCAGCGUAUAUUUGAUCUAAUAAAACACCAAAAGAAGCUGUGUUACAAAGAUGAAGAUGAUGAGGGUCAAUAUGACAGCCACAAUGAGGAUUCAAUGGAUUAUUCCAAUGACUGUUAUACUCCCUCUGGGUCCUCCUGUCACACCCCAAUGCCCUCUUCUUCAAGUCUUUGCCCACUUCCACCCUCCACUUCAGCUUUUUCCCAGCUCCCAUCCACUGAGAAAGAGGAGGCAUUGCCAGCAUCCACCUCUAACCUCAUUGACGAGAAGCCCAAGGAGUUACCAGACAUUUCUGCUGAUAUGGCACGGGAAACCCAAACUUCUAUUAAGCAGGAGGUUGUGCAUCAACCCCAGUCUGAGGCACAACACCAUAGACCUCAGAGAGAAGAGAAGAUGCAAACAAAGCCCAUCAAGCAUUCAUCGUCCUCUUUCUCUCAGCAACAGCAGCAGUGUGGUCCCUCUGCCUCUCAGACAAGCCAGGCUUCAUCACAAAGCCAGCACAUGAGCCUCAAUGCACAUAUGACCUCUGCCACACAACAAUUGGCACAACAGAUGAUCCCGUACCAGUGUGAUCAGUGCAAGAUUGGCUUCCCCUCCUUUGAGCACUGGCAGGAGCACCAGCAAUUACACUUCCUUUCUGUGCAAAAUCAAUUCAUCCACCCUCAAUUCCUAGACCGUCCAAUAGAUAUGUCUUUCAUGCUAUUUGAUCCCAGCAAUCCUCUCCUGGCAAGUCAGCUACUCUCUGGAGCAAUGCCACAGAUUCCCAGCAGCUCUGCCACCUCUCCGUCCACCCCCACCUCCACCAUGAAUUCCCUGAAGAGGAAGUUGGAGGAAAAAGCUGGCACUAGCCCAGGAGAGAACGACAGCACAAAUAGUGCAGAAGAACGACAGAGAGACAAGAGGCUCAGAACCACCAUCACACCUGAGCAGCUAGAGAUCCUUUAUCAGAAGUACCUAUUAGACUCAAAUCCUACGCGUAAAAUGCUUGACCACAUUGCUCAUGAGGUGGGAUUGAAAAAGAGAGUAGUGCAAGUUUGGUUCCAAAAUACCAGAGCUAGAGAGAGAAAAGGUCAGUUUAGGGCAGUAGGGCCAGCUCAAGCUCAUCGUAGGUGCCCUUUUUGUCGAGCACUUUUUAAAGCAAAAACUGCCCUUGAGGCACACAUUCGCUCUCGUCACUGGCAUGAAGCCAAACGUGCUGGAUAUAAUUUAGCUCUAGCUGGUAUGUUACCUGAUCAUGAGGGUAUGCAAAUCAAAAUAGAUGGUCUAGAUACUUCAAGCUACUCUCAAAUGGCCCCAGCACACAGUGAUGGACAUAGCUCCUCUAUGUCACCAGUAAACAAAAUCAUGGAUUUGUCUCCUAGGGCUCUACUUAGCCCUUCAUCUAUUAAAGUUGAAGGAAUGGAAGAUUUUGAGACUGCAACCAUGUCUUCUGUGAACCUCAGCUAUGAUCCAAACAAACUGGAUAAUGACGACUGCUCUUCUGUGAAUACAGCUAUCACUGACACAACCACAGGCGAUGAGGCCAAUGCUGAUAAUGACAGUGCUGAAAAGCACAGCAUGCAUAGUGGUGAUUACCUGUCUAAGUCUGGUGGCACAGCCGCCAUCCUUGAAACUGAUGACCAGAUGUCUUCAGGGCUAGUAAGCCCUGCAACAAGCUAUUAUACUAGGGAGUAUGACGAACAUAUUAUUGAACACAGUGAGACGUCCAGCCUGGCUGACCCCUGUUCACCAAGUCCUGGAGCCUCAGGGACCAGGAGCAUCGACAGUGGAGAUCGACCUGGCCAAAAGCGCUUCCGGACGCAAAUGAAUAACCUUCAGCUGAAAUUGUUGAAAUCCUGUUUUAACGACUACAGGACUCCAACUAUGCUGGAAUGUGAGGUACUUGGCAAUGACAUUGGACUUCCAAAGAGAGUUGUUCAGGUGUGGUUUCAAAACGCUCGUGCCAAGGAGAAAAAGGCAAAGCUCAACAUGGCCAAGCACUUUGGAAUUAAUCAGACAUCCUAUGAGGGGCCGAGGACGGAGUGCACUUUGUGUGGUGUAAAGUACACUGCUCGCCUCUCUAUCCGUGAUCAUAUUUUCUCCCAGCAACACAUCAAUAAGGUGAAGGAUACCAUUGGCAGCCAAAUCGAUAAGGAAAAAGAAUACUUUGACCCUGCCACCGUCCGCCAACUUAUGGCCCAGCAAGAAAUGGACCGCAUUAAGAAGGCCAAUGAAGUUUUAGGACUAGCGCAGCAGCAGGCCAUGCAGCAGCAUGGUUUGUUUGAUAACCCUGCAAUGCAGGCUCUGAAUCUUCAGUCAUCGUAUCCAAAUCUGCAAGGCAUACCACCAGUCCUUUUGCCAGGGGUUGGCAGUCCCUCUCUUUCCAGCUUUAACUCAUCUAAUUCAGCUUUAACUCCUCCAAAACCCUCAAACCUCCUGAACAUGCCUGGUGCCAGUGUUCCCUCGCCUAGCCUCCCCACGUCUGGAUUACCCAACAAGCUUCCUUCCUCAUCGUCCCUUGCCGCAUCGAGUCCAGCCCAGACCAACACAUCUGCUUCCCACUCAAGCUCCACCGUCACAUCCAACUCCACUUCCUCAACCACCCCGUCUGGCUCCCGGCCUGAACCCUCUAAAGAACGUGAUGCUGAGGGGAUAAGGGAGAAGGAGAAGUCCAAGGAAAAGACAGAGAAGUCCUCAACCCCAUCGUCAACUGGAAGCACCCCUGUCCCUUCCACUUCUGCUGCCAGUGCCAAGAAGGAGAAACCAGAUACAGCUGUACCUGCCAUCUCCAUGCCCACACCUGGUAUGGAGUAUGUGGUAGACCCUGCCCAGCUUCAGGCCCUGCAGGCUGCUUUGGCAUCUGACCCCACAGCUCUCCUCACAAACCAAUUCCUGCCCUACUUCAUGCCUGGGUUCUCCCCGUAUUACUCUCCACAGAUCCCUGGGGCUCUCCAAGGGGGUUACCUGCAACCGAUGUAUGGUAUGGAAAGUCUCUUCCCUUACAACCCAGCAUUGUCACAAGCAAUGAUGGGCCUGUCUCCGGGGUCCCUGCUGCAGCAUUACCAGCAAUAUCAGCAGAGCUUGCAGGACGCACUACAACAGCAGCAGAGGCAGCUUCAGCAGAUCCAGCAACCCAAGGCUAGCCAAACUCCAGUCCCCCAUCAACCCUUGGGGGAUCGCAAAGAAUCUGCCAAAGAUCAAGUGAAAACCGAGGAGCAAAAGGGCAAACCCAAUAGUGAACCCCCCAAUUCGUCCUCCUCCUCUCAUAAAAAAGUACCCUCUCAGCAGAAAGAGAUGGAUGGCAAAGCUUUGAACAAGUAUAUCAUCCCUAAGGUGCAGUGUAAACUGGCAUGCCGCAAAUGUCAAGUAGUUUUCACAAAGGAAGAUGAGGCUGUUACCCACGUUAAAUCUAACUGUUUUUUCGGUCAGUCGGCAAACCUGCAAGAGAUGUUGCAGCGUGUCCCUGGUGGCGUAGGUGCAGGGGCUGGAAGUCUCUAUGACUGUCUGGCUUGUGACACUACGUUGGAUGGGGAAAAAGCACUCAGUCAACACCUGGAAUCGGCAUUGCACAAACACAGAACAAUCAAGCGAUCAGCCAGAAAUGCCAAAGAGCACGCUACUAGUUUAUUACCUCACUCUUCAGCCUGCUUCCCCAAUCCUAACACCGCAUCUACCUCGCAGUCUGCCACUCAUCCCAUCAGCAGCCCCCCUCCCCCGCCAACAACAUCAGCCACCAUGCCAUCCUCUGCUGUCUCCUCUUCCCUCUGCUCCUCCUCUACUACCCCACUCAACACCACAGCUGCCGGCAAACCAUGGCCCCAGGCCCCUUUCUCCAGAGCUUUAGCUGGGAAGCCCAAUGCCAGUCCCUCCUUUUCUUCCUCCUCUUUUCCUCCAAUGUCCUCACCUUCAACGGUUACCUCAAGUUCAUUGAGCACCUCAGGAGUUCAGACCUCGAUACCAACAGACGUCUUUACCGACGAGUCUGACUCUGACAGUAGUCAGAAGUCAGCGGACAGGCUUGGCAGGACGGCGGAGGAGCCGCAGCAGCCUGGCUUUGUCAAAGACAGUAGUAGUUGUAGUAGUAAUCUUGCUAGUGUAGGAACAGACUCCAUCAGAUUGUAAAGAGCUUUCAAUGAUGGACAAUAUUUAAAAAACACUUAAAAAGACAAAAAAAAAUCACAAAUGGAAAAAACACAAAAAGCAGCAAUGUUAAAAAUACAUUAAACGUAUACAAACCAAUUUCAGAAAAAGAUGUGUAAAGACUAACUGCAAUUCCAAAGCUUGUAACCAAAAAUUUAAAUGUUAGUGGAUUGUUUCCCAUAUCAACAUGCUGGUUUUUCUUUUGUUUGUUUUUUGUUUGUUUGUUUGUUUUUCUCAACUGAAAUACAUGCAUACUAAUAUAUGAGAAUAGAAAAGAUUGCUGCAGUUAUGUUUUGGGUAAUGAUAGAGGAAUGCUGUACUGUAUGGCAGUGGACUGCCUCAAGGUUGACAAAUGGCCCAAGAACCCAUUUGAAGAAAUACAAGUCAACAAGCUGUCCCUUUGUUUUUGUAAUCAUUUCAACUUAAUAGCACAGUCACAAAAAGCCAGUAUGUACUGUAUGGGAGAAUAGUCUAUCAGUUUUCUUGCUAUUUAAGCAUUCAGAUACCAAUGGCUUGCAAAAGUAAAAGAAUAAUGUAAUGUCUAUUUUAUUCUCAGGUCAACAGCUCACAGAGGUUUUUUCUGUUACAGAAAUCCAUGUUUUACACCUUUUGUUUCCAACAGGAGAUAAGGAUUUUUUCUUUCAUAUGUUGAUUUAAUAACAGAAAAUGUUAAGUUGAGUACAAUUUUUAACACGGCAUUGUAUCUGGGCAUUCAAAAGGGUAAAUGAUUUGCUGGUUUUAACAUUUGAAAUCCUUUUAAAUCCAUUAUACCCAGACAAGGAGAGCAUUGCAGACAAUAACGGGCGAUAAAAAGAGUUUUGAUUAAAAAAAACAACCUUCUGUAUUUAUGAUAGAUAUGAACAUUUUUGGUGUUAAGUAGAUUGUUGCAUUGGAAAUGAAUUUAAACAGUAUGGUAGGUUGAAAAAAAACUUUGUGUACAUUAAGCUUUUGUAUUGUCCAACUUUAAGACGCUUCAUUUGAUGUUGUCUUGGUCAUUCCGAUAGACUAGAUUAUGGACAGGUAAUUUAUCUCAUUUUGUUUCUGUCUUAUUCUCAACUUCUUGAGAAACAUUCACCCAAAUGCCCCUCCUGACAAGGCAGGAUCCUCUUUUAGAAUUAUUUAAAUGUUAUGGUUUGGUUGGUAUUGCGCUAACCAAAACUAAAAGAUCCUGGGGGAAAUAUUGAAAGUUUAAUUUUAUUUAAUUUUUGUGUUACCUUUGUGCACUUAUCACUGUCUGACUCCUAUUUCUCACUCUACUUGUUCCUAUCUUCGCACUUAUUUUUCUCUGCUCUCCUGUGUUUGUAGAUAUGUACACUACAAAGCAGGUCUUUUGUUCUUCAUGUAGUGUGGCUACAGUCUUUAUUUUCAUUUUGACAUGUUUGUUGUCAUAAAUGAAAAAGAAUACCAAUAAUAAUUCUCACGCUUUAAGACAAAAAGAAAAUCCAAAGACUAAACACUUUUCACCAUUGGUGCAUAAAUAUGAGAAAAGAGGCUUCUUUAUACUUGAGAAUUUGUUGCUGUUUUUAGAGGAAAGAAAACAAAGUUUUAAAAGACAAAGGAGUACGCAUCAGAGUUGCCGUUUCUGCUUCUUUGCAAGCAAACAGGUGGCUUUUUUACGUAAAUACCAAAAACCAAAAAGGGCCCUUGUCCUUGCAUUGUGGAGUAGCACCGUUACAGAGCCAUUGCAGUUUGUAAGAUAGAGGUUAUUAAUCUUUGUUUUACUUUUUUGUCACAUUCAAGUGUCCAUUUUUUAAAGAAAAUGUAUAAGGUCUGGUCUUCAAGGACAUACGUUUUGCUGCUAAUGUAGAAUUUUGAAAGGAAAAAAAGUACCUAGAUGCAUGCUCAUUUUGCUUUUGGCUAAGCUUUAACUAAAACCAACAAUAAACCAAUUUAUUGCCUCUGCAACACCUUUUUUUUCUUGUUGCAAAAACGGAACUUUGAAGACUGUGAAUAUAUGUUCCAAAGGACAUUUUGCCGAUUUUCUUUUUGAACAGACCAAUGUUUAAAGCCAAUGAUCUAUAAUGUUUGUAAAGACAGUGCAUUCCAAAUAUCACAAUGGAUUUUUCUUAAGCAAGGACUGAUCCUAUUUCAUUUACCUGCUUUUAAUUGUCACAAUCUAUUUUUUUCUAUUUUUUUUUUUAAGUGACUGUAAACUGUUGUGUACAUUUUUGCAUCAUUGGUUGCUGAAUAACUUAUGUAAUUUUGUGCUGGCAUGGAACAUUGCUGAAAAUCCCUCCAUCCAGUCAAGGUUGUUGCUCAUUUGUUAAGCAAGUAAUAGUGGUUACCAAAAAAUGUAUAUAAUACAUCUGGUACUGAUGCGUCUCAUAGGUUUAGAAACAUUUAUGCCAGUCAACAUACAACUAGUCUCAGAGGGAAAAGAUGGCUGCUUGGAUGAGUUGACCCCUUCCUGGGAAAUCCACCAGUGACUUGUCCCAUGUGUCUGCAGGGUGCCACUUCCAUGCAUAGAUUACAGGUCUUUAAGGGACAUCUUCAUUCCAAAGCAUUAUUUCUGGAAAAAGGAGGAGGUUUUUUGAAGAUGUCCCUUGAUUUCAAAUAGCAAGGAUGCUUUCAUGUCCAAAGAAGUCAACCUCUAAUUUUAUUGCAAAGAACAUAGAUGUGCAUAGGUACCUCCACCCUCUCGCUGAUGAUUCAAAGAACUAAUAGUUUUAUUUUUAAAACCAAAACCAAAACCCUUUUUAAAUUUGUCAAACUACUUUUUGGCCACUAUUUAGUCAAUAUAUUUGCCCUAAUUAAUACAUGGCACAAUCUCAGAAUAAUGUUUAAAGUGCUUCGUCUUGCAGAACAAAGUGAUUCGGUGUUAAUACUACAGCAUGCUGUUGGAACUCAUGAGAUUUGGUCUGCAAGCUUGUUACUUUUUAAAAGUCCAACUCCCUGAAAUACUCUUCACGUGUUGUUUCUUAUUUUGAAAAAUCUUAAGUUGUACAGUUUUCUUAAAUGUUUGCUUCUUUUAAUUUUCAGACAAUGUCAGACAUGUAUUGUUAUUUUCUUAAAAUUAUUUGUAUUUUAUUUAGUUAAUGUAUAUUACUUUUUAUCAUAAAUUAACACUAGCUUUAAUUUGAAUUGCUGAAAUUACGAAACAAAAAAUAUGACCUGGCCACUUUAUGGUGUGAAAAUGUUCUUUAUAUUCAUUGUCUACCUGAAACUGUUUGCUCUCUUAUUUCCAAAGUGUAAUCUUUUGGGCUCUUUUGUUGAAGACAAAGUUGAAGUCUCUUCAUAAGAUUCAGCCAGCAUGGUCUGUGUGUGUGCGUGUGUGUGUGCGCGUGUGUUUCAUAAGAGCCAGCAUCAAUUCAAUUGUUUUAUUGUUUGCCUUUUAUUGUUUUUAUAUGUUACACACCAAAACAAACUGAACCACAAAGCUGGAUUAUGAAUAACUCAAAUUUAGAAAAUCCAAUUUUAAAGUAAAUGAUCAGAAACAAUACCGAAGCACUGAGCAGUUUUUACUUUGAUUGAUUUUAUGAAUGUGGCCAAAGCUUUAUGCAGUUGAAACGAAAAGAAAACAAGUUACAUGUUGUGCCCCAGACAAGUGUAUAUUUUAUUGUGGCACAAAUCGUAUUGUGGAUAAUUGGAUCCACUGACUUAACAUUGGGAUACUUGAUUUUAAUGGACAUUUACAAAGAGAGAGAUAAAGACAAGGUUUUGCUGUAGAGGUCAUCUUUUGCCCACUGUGAAAACGAACGUGUACCUGUAUACAGAUAUAGAUAUAUUUAAAACGAGACAUCAACUUUUUUUGUUUUCGAAAAGGACUGAAAAGAGAGAGAAAAAGGACUUUGGGAAGCUUUGGAGAUCUUCUUAGGAGGACAUGAGAGGCUGUGGGCACACCAAAACUGGGCAUGGGAGCCAAUGGCAGGCUCAAAACAGCUUUAAAACCACCUCCUUAUUUGAUAACUGACAAUUCUGUAACGGAAAUGGACUCUGGAACCAAUGGACAUGUGUGACACAGAGAGGAAAGUCCUCAGAUGAACCUGAACUUUAGUGGCUCCAGCUGCCUCUUUCUCCUUUCUGUCUAUCUCUUUCUUUCUCCAGCUCUGCCUCUGCUUCUGCUCUUUGAUGGACAUUUUCCAAAUUUCAGGACAGGAUGGACAGACACGCUUGCUUCAUUUCUCCCAGUUCAUGUUGCUACCCGUUUCAUUUCCUUGUGCUUGUCUCUGGUUGACAAGUUAAGCUCUCCAGUCAAAUGGCGGCUCACCCCUCUCUCUGUUGAUUACAUCAUCUAAGAGUAAAUAAUAACAGAGAGAGGGGACGGGUUCUCAAAGCUGUCAUUCUUAAAGAGGCAGUUACACUAAAAAAAGCGUAUUAACCAAAAUUAACAACCAAACUAACAACCAAACAACCAUUUGCUCCAACUUCAAAGAUGAACUGUUACUUGGAGCUCUUUGUUCCUUUUGUGACUUCUGGUGCCACAAUGUUUUUUUAUGCUUUAGUUUUUCUUUUUGUUUCCUUGAAUUACUCCUCCUUGAGCCUCAUAAGCAUGGCUCUGUGGCUCCAGGCAGCCCAUCCGAGGGUAGAAAAAAACAGCCUUGCAAUGUACAAAAAAGAGCAAGUUAAACCAAAAAUGUUGUUCUUGAUGUCUUUUCUAUACUGUAGUCUUGUUAGCUUUUUUGUUACUGUAAUUAUAUGAUGAAGAUUUCCAAACUGUACCAAAUUACAUGGAAACUAACAUACAUACAACCACAUGGAACUUCAGACUUUUAAAGAAACUUUUGUCACAAAACCUUGUUGUCCUAGUUAAGUUGAUUGUAGAUGGUAAUUGAAUAUACUCCUUUGAAAAUAUUUCAUCAAGUAUGUUUCUUGCUCAUUGUGAUACAUUAAAAAAGUAUGAGCA